AUGUGUGGGGGUCGGCGAGACGCGGCACGACGCCGAGUGGAAAUGCAGCCCCUCGUGGCAAGGCAGGUCUCUCAGGCAGCUGCAGAACUCCAGCAGUACUGUAUGCAAAAUGCCUGCAAAGAUGCCUUGCUUGUCGGGGUUCCUGCGGGCAGCAAUCCCUUUCGAGAACCACGGUCCUGUGCUCUACUCUGA